GGCACUUCCUUCUUUCCUCAACCUUACCUAUUAGUCAUACUGCUCCAAUAGUGAGCACAUUCAGAGCACAGAUUUAAUUUCAAUUCCACCGGUACCUUCCUUUUAAAAACAUUUGGUCUAAAGCUACUAAAGUUUUUGUGAUACAUGUGCAUGUAUGUAUAGCAGAUAUCUGAGGGUUUGCUGGAAGGUAGAGUGUUAUUAUGAUGAGGAAGUGCCUACCUGAGGUUUAGGUUAGGUAGCUACAGGUCCUUGAUGUCUGCCUAAGGUACUUUCGAACUUGAAUUCUCGCUUCGGUGUCUACCUUUCGAAAAUACUUUGUAAAUGCCGUAAUGCAAAACUUCAACGAGGUCAAGAAUUUGAUACCUAGAAGUGAUUUUCCAAGGCGAACAAGCACCAUACAAUAAUGGAUCCUAUUGGAAAAAUAUCUUGCUGGGUUGCUAAAGAUGAUAGUUCAGAAGGGUGCAAAUCUCCAGAGGGCUUUUACAUUAGCAGCUUCAAAAACGGAGAAGCUAGCCACCGCAGAACAGAACGGUUCCUAGACGUUCCUUUGCUCCCAGGCCGGGCCAUAACCGUUGGGCGAGAUCACCAUGUGAACGAUAUCUCUAUAAAUCAUCCUAAUGUUUCAAGAAAUCACUUUGUCAUUUAUUCGAUUAUUUACGAGCUCAAUGACAUCCAGAAGCAGCCCCAUCUAGUGUAUGUUCGAGACUGCAAUUCCCUUGAGGGCACAUACAUCGAUCAGAAAUGUAUUGGCAAUAAAAAAGAUGGUGCCGCUCAAGGGUUUUAUAUCAGCAGAGACGUUGUGAUUAUGGUCAAGCCUUACUGGAGAUUUCGUGUUUCCCUUUUAUAUAAUACCGAGUUAAAAUAUCCCUUAAACUCGGUUCAGCUCAAGGAAUCAGGCCUUUUUCGCCAUCAAUACCUCAUUACCGACCGAACUCUAGGCCGCGGGACCUUUGCGAACGUUCACCUAGCUCUCGACGUAAAGACAGGGAAGCAGCUUGCCUGUAAAAUCCACGAUCUCGACCGGAUUUCUCGGAUGCUGACACCUUCCCGUGACGUACUUCAACGUAUUAAAAAUGAGACUGACAUACUCGGAAAGCUGAGGCAUCCGAACCUCCCUACGUUCAUAUAUGCGUUCCGCUCUGAACAUACACUAUAUACCUUCGUUGAGCUUGCGACAGGUGGUGAUCUCUUCUCCAUGCGUCUAACACGAGGAAUCUUCGACGAAAAGGACUGCAAGUUUGUGGUUCGACAAAUAUUAAAUGCCAUGUGUUAUCUUCAUGAAGGGGGGAUUGCACAUCGCGACUUAAAACCUGAAAAUAUAUUCUUUGCUACAGGGCCAGGUAUUAUGGGUCGCGUUAUUGUCGGAGACUUAGGAUUUGCAAAAUCCACAUCAUCCGGCCGCAUGGCUAGUCGUGUCGGCACCGACCAAUACAUGGCACCUGAAGUUGAAUAUGGUGAAGCACAUGACUUGGCUGUGGAUAUUUGGUCUCUUGGUAUGAUCACGGUGUUCCUUCUAGCACCAGAUGAAAACGCUGUUCCGAGUAAUGUCAUGAAAAUAAAUCAAGCAGCAAUCAACGCUUGGCUCGAAACCGUAUUUGAGGACCCUUCCCAGCAGAGGAUGACGAAUAAUUGUCAAAAUUUCAUUAGGUCUUGUCUUAUGUUUGAACCCAUUAAUAGGCAGAGAUCACCCGAAGCAAAGAACCAUGCUUGGUUUCAGCAACACCCAGACGAAGGACCCUUGAAAUUUCUUAUGAAAAAGAACACUGAGGCAUGGAAGCCAGUCCAUAAGAUUGCGCCACCAGUACAGGAACUUCCAGACAUGGAGGAAGCCAGCAGCAUGGUAUAUGAAGAGCAAGAAAAGACAUCUUAUUUCUCAGCUCCAUCAACCAACUUAGGGAAAUGAGCCCCAUGGACCCAAUUCCAGACCAGGGUGAACCCCUUGAAUCACCUUACUUUACCUAGCCAAGGGCAGCAACUUCUAAGCGACUUGAAAUGACCGAAAGAGCGGCUAGAUGAACUCGAACUCACCGCCCAAUGAUUGGCGAUAUCAUGGCCUCAAAGGAAUAGGCUUAAGCCAUGUAAUUAGUUCGAAGGUCCAAAGCCGAUCAUCAAAUCAAACGAAUCAUGGACGUUUGAGUGUUCGUAGAGUAUAUUGUGCUUAGGAACAAAG